CUUGUGCUGCCUCAUAUUAAGGAGCCCUGCCUUAUGCUUGCUGAUGGGUUUAUUAAUAUAUGCUAUGUACAGGUUAUUUGUAAUACAAGGUACUAAUGGAGUUUUUUCCUAGGUGGAAGCGCAGCGAAGAAACUCUGUGUGGAUAUCAGCAGACCUGUCCCCCUGGAUAUUAAGAACUACAGGUUUUAUUCAGAGCUGGGAAAAGGAGGCUUUGGCCGGGUGAUGUUGGCUUCGUUUACACCGAAGAAGCAACUGGUAGCAGUAAAGAUCAUGCAGAAAAGUCCAGACAAGAACAACUUCAACAUCAUGAUGAAGGAGGCCCGAGUGCUGUCGGUCGCUAGAGGAAGCACAUUUUUAUGCCAUUCCUACGCAGCUUUUCAAUCAGAGCUGGAAUCCUUCUUCGUCCUGGAGUAUGCCAGCGGGAAAUCUUUAAUGCAAAUGAUUCUUCGCAAAGGAAAUCUGCCAAUGGCAAGAAUCAUGUUCUACACAGCGGAGAUGGUGGUUGCUCUCCAGUUCCUGCACUCUAAGGGCAUCAUUCAUCGUGACCUGAAACCUGACAACGUGUUGGUGGACAGAUACGGCCAUAUCAAGAUCUGCGACUUUGGCCUCGCCGCAGAGAACAUCUUCGACCAGACAAGAACCAACGGAGUAAUAGGAACCCCUGGAUACCGCGCACCAGAGGUUCUAUCAAAGGCAGAGUAUAACGCAGGCGUGGAUUGGUGGUCUUUUGGGAUUACCAUGUACCAAAUGGCCACGGGCAGCUUGCCAUUUUCACCAUCAGGCAGUAUUUUAAGGCAAUUCUUUGCAAUAAAGAAGAAUACGCCUUAUUACCCAUAUUAUAUGAGCAAGGAAAUGCUGGACCUCCUGCCGAAGCUUUUGGAGAUGGAUGAGAAUCAGCGGAUCGGUGUCAACGGAAACAUCAGGGAGCACGCUUUCUACAGCACAGUGAAGUGGGAAGAGCUGGAGAACCGGAGAGUGAAGACCCCUUUCCAGCCAGGAAUGCCAUCAGCAGAUGACUUCACUGAAAUCCCGCUGUCAUUCUCCUCUCAAAUUCGGAACGAGGAAACCAACUUGGCAGAUUUCUCCCACGUGGAUCCCAGCUGGAGUUGGCAGGAGUAAGGCAUUGGUUCUAAUAUGGGA